GCUGUUCAGUAUAAAUAUCUGCAAACCUCGAUUGUAAACGAAAAAGUUCCCAGUUCUGAAAUGUUUUCGUUACUAUUAAUGUUACUUUCUGUUCAUCACGUGCAUGGCUGGAACAUGUGGGAGUCUGAUUGGACGACGGUCUUUGUUGCUUGUUCUGGUAACGGACAAUCAGUAUGGGACGCUUGGAAAGAUAAUGCUGGAGUGACGUGUGAAGCAUCUAGUGUUGUUGAGGAUGCUGACACGUGUAAACAAUCGCACCAAUCAGAUCCUAUUCUCAAUGAAUGGCGGUCAAGUCGUAUAGAACAGGUACGACUGAGGCUAUGGAAGGAUGGUGAAAUUGUUGUUGAAAUGAAAUUUAAUGGAACCGACACUAACAAAUUCAAUUGGUUUGCACAGAGCAAGUUGUUGUCAAGUUCAUAUUCGGACAUCGGAGAACUGGACGCACAUUUUACCUUUUUCAGUUCGUACGGCUAUGGUUACGGUGUCAAUAGACGGUUUUACAUUAACAAGAGUAACUAUUUAGGCUGUGCCGUUGAUGCUGGAUGGAUGUUUGUCAAGGAUGUUGGCUAUGGAGUGGAUUGCUUAUUUGAUAGCUAUAAGAAGUAUCCUUACUUUUUAUAUGCAACCAAUUACCACAGUGGUGUUUGGCAAACAGAGGGCGACUAUGAUUUUGCUGACAUGAUGUCAAUUCAAGUACACCAAGGAGAGGAAGAACAGAAAGGGACCACAACAACUGAAGAACCAGAGGAAAUGUAGAAAAAAAUUAAAAGGAUAACACCGCAGGGCAACACAAUUCCAAUUGACAUUCGAAUAUUCUUUAUUGUAUACAUGUAGAUUGAUGCAAUAUAUUUAACAAACGAC